AUGCAGACUGAGAACCACAGUUUGGUCACCAGCUUCAUCCUCCUGGGGUUCACCACUGACCUGAAGCUGCAGCUUCUCUUGUUUAUGGUGUUCACCUUCGCCUACGUCACCACCCUCGUGAGCAACAUCACCCUCAUCACGGUGAUACACCGUAGCUCACGGCUCCGUACCCCCAUGUACUUCUUCACUGGGAGCUUGUUCUUCCUGGAUCUCUGACAUUCCUCCAUCUACACCCCCAAGAUCUUGCUGAACUGCGACUCCGAGGACAAGAGCAUCCCCUUCACGGGGUGUGCUGCUCAGUUCUUCUCCGGUGGCUUGGCCUACACCGAGUGCUACCUGUUGGUAGCGAUGGCCUACGACCGGUACGUGGCCAUCUCCAACCAACUGCUCUACGCCGCUGCCAUGUCCAAGAUGCCGUGCAUGGAGCUGGUGGCUGCCUCCUACCUCGGUGGCUUUGCCAACUCCACCCUCCUUACCCACCACACAUUCGCCCUCAGGUUUUGCAACACCAGUGACACCAGUGACUUCUUCUGCAACUUGCCCCCACUGGUGAAGCUCUCCUGCAACGUGACAGAGAGCUACCAGGUGCUCCUGUGUUUCAUCCUGACCUCUAAUGUCGUCCUCCCCUCCGUGCUCAUCCUCACAUCCUACGCCUCCAUCCUGCCUGCUGUCCUGAAGCAGGGGCAGCACAAAGCCUCCUCCACCUGUGCCACCCACCUCACCACUGUCACCCUCUACUACGGCUUCAUCCUCUUCAUUUAUGCCUGGUGCAGCUGCACCUACGUCCUGGGGAGGGACAAAGUGGUCUCUGUGUUUUACACAGUGAUGAUCCCCAUGCUGAACUCCUUCAUCUACAGCCUGAAGAACCUGGAGGUGAAGGAGCCACUGAAGAGACUGGUAAAGAGACAGACAGCUUCUUAG